AUGGCUAAGAACGGGGGCCGCAUGCUGAAGUACCACAAACUAGGGUACUCAAAGCACAGAAAAGCCCAGAUCUAUCACCGUGUCAUGGUUGCGGCUGCUGUUCCAAUGUCAUGUGGGAGCAAAUGGAGCGACAUUCAGGUGUCAGAGCUGUGUCUGGGCACCAUGACCUGGGGCGAGCAAAACACAGAGGCCGAAGCGCACGCCCAGCUCGACUACUUCGAGAGCGUUGGCGGUACGUUCAUCGAUACGGUAAGGUGAUUGAUGAUCUGCUGCCUAUGUGCAAUGACACAGAAUGUGCAAUGACACAGAGAUCCAGAUCUGGCAAGCACUGGCUGGGUGCCUUUGUGCUGUGUUGGUGCAGGCUGAGAUGUAUCCGGUGCCGCCCCGGACGGAGAUCCUUGGCCGCACGGAAACCUACCUCGGGCGAUGGCUCAAGGGCAAGGACAGGAGCAAGUUCAUCAUCGCCAGCAAAGUGCCCGGAUACGCCGAUAGGGAGUGGAUCAAGCCGUGAGCUGUUGGGCGGAUGGGGGGAUGGCGGGAAGGAUGUGCACUCUCAUUCCUGCUGUGAUGGUGAUGUUUGUUGGUGUGUCGUGUCAGGAAGCGUGUUCCGCCGAUGGAGAUGGAUGGGACGCCUGUGCGGCCCAGCCCCGACCAGAUGCAGCGGUCGAUAGCCACCAUCCUCCAUCGCCUGCAGACUGACUAUGUCGACAUACUCUACAUUCACUGGCCAGACAGGUAUCGGAACCAUUCCAUACAGAGGAGGAGGCCAACAAGCGUGUCAAAAGAAUAUGCAUGUGUCUGUGCGCAUCUCUCUCUCUCUCUCUCUCUCUGUGUGUGUGUGUGUGUGUAUAUGUGUGUGUGUGGUGUGUGUGUGUUUGCCAGGUACAAGCCGAUCUUUGGCCCGACGGUCUAUGACGUGACGAAGGAGCGGGAGACCCUUCCAUUCCUGGACCAGCUCAAGGCCAUCAACACCAUCAUUGACGAGGGAAAGGCAAAGGCCUGGGCGGUGUAAGUGGGUGCGACACACCAGCCCAUCUCACGACUCUUGUGUGUGGCACUCGUCGCUGCCCGUGUGUGUGUGCACCAUCUGUGUGUGUGCAGUUCGAACGAGUCCACGUUUGGUCUGACCAAGUUCUGUGAGCUGGCUGAGCGGCAUGGUCUGAGGAAGCCUGUGUGCAUUCAGAACGACUACUCGCUCAUCAACCGAACGUGCGCACGACACACGCAUCGCGGUACGGUGGUCAUUGGUGUGUGUGUUGGGCUUGUGUCAGGUUUGAGUAUGAGCUGGCUGAGGCGUGCAGCCCCCGCUACCACAACAUAGCCGGAGUGCACUAUGGCCUGCUGGCGGGCGGCAGUCUGACCGGCAAAUACAACACUGCAAACAAACCAACCAAGUGAGGGAGUCAGAGAGGGAUGGAUACACGGCAAGGGGGAUGAGUGAGCAGAGGUGCGUCUUCUGUAUGCGUGUGGUAUGUGUGUGGUAUGUGUGUGGUUCAGGAGCCGACACACGCUGUUUCCAAAGUUCCAGGCUCGCUACCACUGCGAUGCAGCACUCAAGGUGAGGGCGUGCGGGAUGCAUUGCAGACAGACAGACACACCCGGCAUGCACAGACAUGCAUUCUCCGUCUCUCUCCUGUGUGUCGGUCGCUGUGCGUGGGGUCUGACCGGGUCAGGCUGUGGACAAGUACAUGGCCUUGGCCAGCAAGCACGGGCUGACGAUGACGCAGCUGGCGAUGGGCUUCGCCAAGUCUCGCUUCUUCAACACCAGCCCCAUCCUCGGAGCCACAUCCGUCGAGCAGCUCAAGGUGAGGGCGAGGGAGAGGGAGGGAAGACAGCAUUGCAUUCGUUGGCACACGCGUGUGUGUGUGUGCGUGUGUGUCUCAGGAGUGCAUCGAUAGCUACACCGACCUGCCUGCUGAGGUGCUCAAAGAGAUCGAUGAGGUGCGUGAGGCCACCCACAAUCAACACAACAAGGGCAUGGCCGCAACACAUCAUUCCUGUGCUGCCUGCCUGCCUGCCUGUGCAGAUUCACCUCGAGUGCCGCGACCCGAUGAUGACCGUAUGA